AUGACUACUCUGGCAGGAUUAAAAAGUCAUGAUUCAAUUCUUUCAAAAUUGGAUACUUUUAAACGUAAACGGAAAGCUCGAUUGGAAGUUGAAGAACUUACUAAAGAAAGUCGUCAAGCUAUUGAAAUGGCAAUUGUACCACUUCAUCUAUCAUUAAUCUCACCAACCCAACAAGCUGGCAAUCCUCUUGAUGCCAUAUCAGAACAUCAUAUGGUUAUGCAAGCAGUUCUUACAUUCAUCAAUACACAUUUGGGACAAGUUGGCUUUCAUGUUAGUGAUCUUUCCAAAGAAUUUAGAGAUGGUGUUCUACUUAUUCUAUUAAUGGGUCUUAUUGAAGGUUAUUUUGUACCAUUUCAUGCCUAUCAUCCAACUGCAACAACAGAAGAAUUAUGUUUAUCAAAUGUUAAAUUAGCUUUUGAACUGAUUCAAUCAGCUGGAAUGAUUGAACCACCAGCUAAACCUGAAGAAAUUGUUUCAGGUGAUAGUAAUGCUGUUCUACGUGUAUUGUAUGGCAUUUAUUCAUAUUGUGCACAUAUGGAAAAUGAACAACAUCAUUAUGAAGCAAAUCAUAAUACUCAAGAACAAAAUGAAUAUCAUGAUGAUCAUCAAACGAAUGUCUCGUGAAAUAAUUCAUGGAACUGUGAUAAUCUAUCUGUUGUGCUUCUGUGAUAUUAAUUUGUGUCAUAAGAGUGAUUUGUUUUUUUAAUUGACCACACAGGUCAACGCUUGUUACUUUUUUAGUUAUUUUCUUUUUUUUUUAAACAACAUUAAACGAUCCAGUGAAUCUGUAUGUGUAAGUAGUGUAUACUAUGCAUCAUGUAUCAUUUUUCCUCUCCUGUGUGUGUGUGUGUGUGUUUAUCUUCCUUACAUGCGGAAUAUUAUGCUCAACAAUAUUUUUUAGUGUCAAUUUCAAAAUUAUUUACAUUAUUUUUCUGCGGUCAAUUGUUUUAAUUUUCUAAAUAAUAAUAAUAUUAAUAAUAUGAUUGUGAAUUUCUAGAUCUAUUGAUGAAUGAUAAAAGCAAUAACUUUAAAAUUAUUCCGUUAUGAUUUACAUUCUC